UGUUUAUACAUGUUUGUUUUAUUCACGAAUCCCGGUGAUUCCGCUUUAUUUGAAAUUCAGCAAUUGUUAUUGUUUAAAUUUACAAAAAAAAAUUUGCGUGUGACUGUUAUAUUAAAGUGUAAGACUGUUUACCUUAGUUUGUUUUGAUUUAAAUAUAUUUGUUUUUAUAAUUUAAUGUAGCCGGCAAAUCCUAUUAAUAUUGUUUUGCCUCAGGUGAAAUGACAAGACAUUAAGUGAGAUGAUUAAAUGUAAUCUUUAUUUCUAUUUUCUGUGACUAUUAUAGGAAACUGUGUUGUGUGUUCUGUUUUUGCUUAUAACUAUGAAUGGUUGUUCAAACUCUCAAGUUAUUCUUGGUAUUAAAUUGCGAAAUGAUGGUUUUGUUGAUAAAUCAAACUGCUAUGAUGAUGGUGCUAUUGUGGGCUCUAUAAUAUGUAGUGAUUUAUCUUUAAGCUGCUCUAACUUUCGAAGACUAUUGAAUGCAGAAAACUUGUGCCUUCCAGAAAAAUUUAAGUUUCUCUCUAAUCAUGGAUGGCCAAUUGAUCAGGCUGAAGAACAUAAAAUAGAAAUUUCCCAGUUGAUUCUUUCCAACAUUGUCACAAUACAACGUCAUUUUGAACUUCCUCGACUAGGAGUAAAAUGGCAUGAUGGAGAAUUUAUUGGAUUUAUAUUUAUUAGUUUCAAUAGUUCCUUGAUCGUUGUUCGACAGGCAAUUAAUGUGGAAUUAAAUCAUAAGUUUAUUGAUGCUGAAACAAAAUUCGAGUUCAUUGAUACACAUGGGUGGCCUGUUUCUCCAUCUCAAGAGAAAGAUCUUAAUGUCUGGGAUAUAUCAAAAGGAAAUACAUGUCUCAUUAAUAGGAUAACUGCUAAAAGGAAGGCCUCCCCUCAAGAUCUAAAAAUAAAAAAGAAAAAUUUAAAGCUAUCAGAUAAAAAGGAAUUUCAAGUAACAUCUCAGAAGAUAAAUUCUUCUACUUCCAUUCUAAUUAGCUAUGUUCAUGCAGAGGCUAUGACCCAUGCCAAAGAUUUAAAGAAUGAGCUUAUCAAUAUGGGUAUUGAUAGUGUAUUUCUUGAUAUUGAUGACAUUUAUGCUGGUCAGGAUUGGCAAGAUGUUGUUAAUACAGCCUUAAACAAUUGUACAGCAUUUGUUGCCCUUGUAACCAAUCGUUAUGGAGAAACGAAAUGGACUAAUAGAGAAGCUAAGCUGGCUGAUGAUAAAGACAAACUUAUCAUUCCUAUCAGUUUCCUUGAUAAAUGGCCUCCUGAUCAGUUAGCCAUACAAUUUCUCUCCUUACAAUAUAUCCCAUGGAUAUCAAAAGAGGAUUUUAUAAGUGAAGCAGAUUUCUUAGUGGGAAAUGAUAUUGCACAAUGGAACCCAAGAUCUGUUCAUAGAGUUGCAAAAAAAAUAAAACAGUUAUGUUCUGAAUGUGAUAUUUCUACACCUGACAGUUCCUCAUUAUAUGAUUCUCAAUCCUCAAGACAUCAAGAUCUUGAUGCCUAUAUUAUGCCAUAUCCUGCCCCGGCAUCAACCACCUUCAAUAAAUCAAAUUUGAAGAAACCUCUCAUUGUCAUAAGUGCUCACCCUCAUCAAAAAACGUUUGUUGAUAAAUUAAUUCAACAUUUAGAUACAGAAUAUGAAUUAUGGUCAUCAAUAACUAUAAGUACAGACACUGGAAAUGUUUGUAAUGUCUUUGAUGAUAGUCAGUCUUUUGAGUCUUCUCCUUGUAUUGAGUCUUCUUCACAUAUCAAAAGAUCGGAAAGUUACAGUGCAAGCAGUGAACAAGAUGGUGCUUCUAAAGGUUUUUCAUGUGGAUGGGGUGAUAAUGAGUACUAUCAGUGUGAAAAAUCAGAAUUCAAAAAAAUGGUGAAAAAUGCAAGUUUAGUAAUUUUAAUUAAUUCUGAAGAUUACAACAAAACCCGUAUUUGCAGACAACAGGCCUUUUAUUGUGAACAACGAAUAGAAGUAAUAGUUAUAAAGUACGGAACUUUUCAAACUGAUACACUCCUUUUGAAUUUGUACCCAGAACAGGAUAUGUUGGAAAUUUCUAGUGAACAAAUAGUUAAGUUUAAUGAAGGAUAUCCUUGCAAUGAUUUUAUAAAAAAUCUAAAAGAAGAAGUUAUUAAGUCCUUAGAAACCAGUAAAGACAGAAACACCUACAAAGAUAAAAUACAGAAUCAGGUUGCUACUUUAAAGACUGAAAUUAAAACAGAACUAUGUGUUUAUAUUAUUGGUGGUACUAAUUGUAUUAGUAAGAAUGCUGAAGCUUUUUGUAUUAAUUUAGGAUCAGAAUUAGCUAAACUUAAAAAGCUAACAUUAGUUACUGAAGGUUUCUUUGGCGCUGGUGAAAUAGUUGGCAAAAACUUUUGCGAAGAAAAGGAAAUUUUAGCCAAAGGAAAACCAAAAUGUAUAUGUUAUCAUAUACUUCCACAUAGGGAUUGUAAUGUUUCAAAAAGAGCAAGACAAAGCGAGGAUGGUUCCUUUGAAAAGAUACCUUAUGGACGUACUCUAUUUUAUGGCAAUUCAAUUGCUGAGAGAGAUGACAUUGUAUCAUCAACUUUUAAAACCUGUAUUCUUAUUGAAGGUGGUGAAAGAAGUGCUUCUCUUGCUGAAAAAUUCUUGUGGAAUGAUUGCACAGUUAUACCUAUCAUUUUUAAUAAUAGAUCAAUUUCGUCUAAAAUGUGUUUGUUAGCAAGCAUUAAAAAGCCGCCACUAGGAGUUAGUAAGCAAGAUUGGUGCAAGUUGGAGCAAUUUAACAGUGUUGAAGAGCUUGCAAAAACUGUUAAAAAAAUUGUUUUUGAUCUUUUUAAAGCAAGAUUUAAAAUUUUAGAUUGAUAUGUUAUUUAAACAAAGUAUGUUAUUACUGCAUCAUCUUUAAAUACCAUGUGUCACAAAUUCAUAUUCCUGAAGUACAAAUCAAAAUUUAUAUAUUUUUUCUAUGUUUCUUUUGAAAUUGUUGAUGUUGAUUUUUUGUUACUCGCUUUCAUCUAUACAAGUGCAUUAAAAGAUUUACUUUUUAGCUAUAA